AUGUUCAUGCGGGGCGACACACGAUACGACGUCAAGGGCACCCCCUCGUGUAAGGGCAUCCUCCCCGCAUCAGCCUAUGUCAACGACCCCAUCUGGCGUGCGGACGCUGGUGUGUCGGAGCUGAAGCUGCUGAGCGAGUUGCAGCACAAGGUGGAGAGCAACGAGUCCAUUCCUGAGGGCCUUGAAGACUUCAUGCUCAAGGAGCGCUGGCUCAUCUGGAUGCCGCGCUUUGGGUUGGGGAACUCCCUGCGGGCGUACACUUCGGCGUUCAUCUUUGCUUUGCUGUCGGGAAGGAGGCUGCUGCGGUGGAAGGGGGGCAACCACAAGCAGGUCUUGGAGCGUUUGUGUAACGCAUUCUACUGUGGCAUUGACGAGUUGCACUAUAAAGGGGACAUUCGCAAGCACGCAAAGCUCAUGAAUGCGAUCACACUGGAGAUGCAUGGCUUGGACUACAGCCCAAAUGUCGUGGCUGUUUACACAGGCAAUUUCUUCGAGAAAACGUGGCGCACAGACCCCCAGAUGAACCAGUGCGUGCACAGCGCCUUCAACUGCCGCACCAUCUGGUGCAUCCGCUCCAAAGUGCUCUCCCUGCUCCUCGGCAAAGGCCCCAAGCCAGGGGUGCAAGAUGUGGUCGAUAGGGACCUCAGGGUGGUGCCGCCGAUGGUGCUAAAAGGGAAAGGGGUGGGGACGGAGGAGGUGGAGGGGGAAGGUGGGAAGGUGGAGCCGCAGAUGGUUAGGAAAGGAGAGGGGCUGCGGGUGCAGUUUGAUGUGUCGCUUCAUGUCCGUGGACUGUCAAUGCAGGUGGAGGGUGAUUACUGCAUGAACAGGGAAGACAACAAGUGCCAGAAGAGGGCGCAGCAGGAAGAGACGCAGCGAGUGCAUGAGCUGAUGAAGCCCACCCAGUGGCGCUGCAUUGCCCGGCUGCUGCAGUUCCUUCGCAUCAAGAAGGCCGCUGCCGGUGGUUUCAGUAAUGCCACAGGUGCGGCUGGCAGGUCUGCCAAUGCUACAGGUGCGGCUGGUCGGGCUGCCAAUGUUACAGCCGGUACUGGCCGGUUGCCCAAGGCUCCUGGCGGUAUUGUUGGAACAUCUUCCGCCACCGACACUGCCACCAAGACAAUCAAAGGGAUUAAGCUGGAAAAAAGGAGGCGGCUUCAGCAGCGGAGGAGACUGCAGGAUGAGUGGACGGUUGAUGACUCUCUUCUUGUGGCCUCCGUCGCGCCACCUGGCAGCCCCUCAGCCACUCAUCUAGGUCACCUGAGGAUAUUUGUGGCUACAGAUAUGGAUACUACUUUGCGCUCCUAA